AUGCCGUUGCAACGCCUGGACGAAGCAUUCGGCGUCCGGCGGAGUCAGCAAGGGGUGCAGGACCCAGAGCGCAAAGUCCUGCGGACGUACCGAUGGAUGCAGUUCCAUGGCAAGGAGGAGGUUACCGAGUUCGAUGAGUCCCACUUCCAAGCCGAAGGUCUCUUCGCGCAAAAUUCCUCUCAGGGCAACAAGGAGUAUCAGGAUCGACUCCGUGCGAUCCACCUGCGGAAAGAAGGCCUUGAGAAGACCGCGAUUGCGAAGGCCCUGGGCCGAUCUGUGAAAUUCGUCGCCAAGUGGUGGCAGAAAGAGCCCAAGGAGAUUCCUCGGCCCUAUGGAGUCCAUGAGUACCUCACCAAGGAGAUGGGCCGUAAUGAGCGCGGAGUCGGCGCAACGAAUGGCGCCUCCAUGACAGAGGAGUCAGUCCACGACACUGCUACAUGGUGGCGGGAUGUCGAAGUGAAGCGAAAGUUCGCGAAUGACCCGGCCAUCUACGAUGAGAUCUUGCAGAAUACGGAGUGGAAGGCCAGCAAUGCCCGCACGCGAGACUUCGCAACGGGUGCGUACCACUUGAAGUACGACCAGCGGGGCAACAUUCGCUGGGAAGGGCAUCAAGGAGGCAAGUACAAGCCCGGGCUAUCUCCAGCCAUGGACAAGGUGAUUCAGAGGCUCUUUGUGGAGUACGGUAUCGAGGACAGAACGUCAGGAGUGAUCACAAACUGGUACCCGGAUGGCCAAGGCAACCUCGGAAGCCACCGUCACGACUGCUGGACGGCCCUGUUUAGCUUUGGCCACGAGCGAAUCCUGACAAUCGACAACACACCCCUGCUGAUGCAAGACGGCGACCUGUGCAUAUUUGGGACCCAGAGGCACGGAGUGCCGAUCAUGCCGGAAAUCACAGACGGCCGCAUUACCUUGGUUGUGUUCUUCUACCCCGACAAGAUGCAGAAGAAGGGCAUGUGGCAGACGAUCACAGAUCCCGACACUAGCCGCACAGAUGUUAGGGUUUUGUGUUUGAGGCUUUGCAGUUCGGAAGAUUGUAACCGCAGAUGA